AUGGAGUCUCUGGCAUCUGCCGCGCGAGCAUAUCCGCUCCUACACCCGCGACGACCUCCCUCUUCUGCGUCAUCAUCGUCAGAUACCGCCACCAUCAAAGCCAUCUUCCGGACAAUGUCGGAGCAACAAGAAUUCGACCUCCUCAGCAAUCCCUUUGAACUCCGUUACGGCAGAAGAUAUCUAAGAGAGCUACCGUAUCCGCUCCCUUGCGACCUGGCAGAAAUUCAACGGCAGAAUCUCCGGACUUUACUGACAACCACAGUCUUUGGGAAACCGCUCUGUAAUCCGAGAUGGGAAACCGAACCGCCGCGGAGAGUCCUGGAAAUGGGCUGCGGAGGCGGAUAUUGGAGCGGAGUGGCGCAUGACUGGUUUCUCGAGCGUGGCCAUCGCAACGUCGAAUUUGUGGGACUGGACAUUGCACCCAUUGCGUCGGAUCUCAAGGCAACCGGCGUGAAUUGGAGAUUUGUUCAUCAAGACAUGCGUCGGCUGCCUUUGCCUUUUGAGGAUGAUUACUUUGAUCUGGUGAUGAUGAAAGACAUCACCCUGACGAUGCCGCUUGAUAGGACUUCCGAUAAGGUAUUGGAGGAUGUGGUCCGCAUACUGGCGCCUGGAGGGGCGAUAGAGCUCUGGGACUCGGACAAUGUGAUAAGAUCGCUGGCUCCGGGAGCGCCGCCGGCGCCUUCGAGAAAACCGGAGGAACAGGAGAUCGCGGAGCGGACGGCUACGUAUGCGAUAGCGCCCGGACAUGCCUUUGUGCCUACGAGGAAUAAACAUCUGGAGAAAGCGAAUGCUUGGAUCGCGGAAGCCUUGGACCGCAGAAAGCUCAAUCCGACACCUUGUGCGCGAGUUGGGGAGGGCAUCGUGAUGGAACCGAACCUGGAAGGUAUCGGGAUGAGAAGGGUGGCCGUUCCCUUUGGAGAGUUGAGAUGGGAGCAGACGGCGGCCAGGCAUAGCCGGCCAGACAGCAAUGGCCAUGACUCACCCAUGUCGACGGGCUCUGGAGAGAAAGCAAGUCGGGCGCAGAAAGUCUUGACUUCCGACCAGCUCGCAUUGCGACAGACUGCCUUGAUGACCGUACUGCAGCAGAUUGAAAGUUUCGAGCCGAUGAUGCGGGAAGUGAGUAAGAAGAAUGCCGAGGAAUGGAGCCUGUGGAGAGCAAAUAUGCUGGCCGAGUUGAUGGAUCCCAAGACGGCGCUGACAGGCGAGUGCCUGGAACUCGGUGCGUGGUGGGCCACGAAGAAGCAACCUUGCGAUGAGAUCUGA